AUGACUGGAAAAACAUACCAACGACUACAAAUGAAAAACCAUUGGGAUGUGUUGAAAAAAGAUUGGCUUUUGUGGAACAAUCUUUUAAGGGGUGAGACCGGCUUAGGCCGUGACACAUUGACUGGAGCUAUAUCUGCAUCUGAUGAGUGGUGGACCAACAAAUUGGAGAGGUAUCCUGAUGCUGCUAAAUUUCGGCGUAUGCCGUUGCAAUUUAGUGAAGACUUAGAUAUACUAUUCUCAGAUGCAGCUGCUACAGGAGAAUGGGCAUACACUCCUAGUUCAGGGGUUAUGCCUGACGUUGAUGACAAUGAGGAGGAAUUUCAUACCCCACAUGAUGCUGAAUAUGAUGAUGAUGCUUUGGAGGUGAUUCAUCCCUCUGAGUUAAACAAAAAGCGUUCAUCAAACACACCUGCUUCAUCAACCAAGAGCAAGAAGACGAAAUUUACUGGUGCAGCUCUACUUAACAAGACACUUGCUCGCAUAGUCAAUGUGGUUGAGUCAUCUUCAGGAACUUCAACACAGACCUCAUCAAGAUAUCCUUCAAUUGCAGAUUGUUUGGCGAUGUUGGAAAACAUCCCUGGUGUGUCCCCGGAUGAUGACCUGUAUGUAUGGGCCGCCCGAUUGUUCUUACGAGACAAGCGUCGGGAGUGUUUCAUGAGUCUUCCUACGGAUGAAGUUCGCCUUAAGUUUCUGAAGUUGGAGAUUGAGAUGGAGAAGGCCACCACAGGUUAUCGCGGCUAA